AUGCCUCGAAGUAUUGUCAAGUACUUUCUGAUGCUGUGUAUUGUCGUAGCAUUUGGGAUUCUAGUCUUGAUUUUUGAUCGCCUAAUAUUUGCAUUCAGUGGUCUUCACAACUUUGGUUUGGCUGAUGAAUCGAAGGCUUUUUAUGCAAGUAAAAAUUCAGAGAAAAAUUUAUCGUUGAUAACCACGGCAAACUUGGUCGGCAAGGUUCUUCCUGCUAAUUCUGUUCGCUCGGAGCGGCUGAAGACUAAAGAGCGUAGGGAAACAAACGAAUUGUUUUUGAAAAACAACGGGUCAGCAGCCGCGAACAAAAACCUUCGGCAGAAGCUUCCUGAGGAAAAAGCGCUGGAAAAUUUUCAAAAUGACUGGUGUCGAAUGCAGCGAGCUCGUUUGGAGUGGAAAGAUGUUCUUCGUCCAUGUUGGAAUUCAACUGUUUGGGGGGCGCCAAGCAGGUUUGGAAUCAAUCAAAUGAGUGAUCCACAAAAGAGUUAUAUUUCACAAUGGGAUAUUAAACCGUCCGGCGACUUUAGCCGAUUUUUUAUUCAGUCGGUGUCAGUUAACAAUGAAUUGAAGACAAUUGGGGGAGAUUCUUGGAGAAUUCACCUUCAUGGGCCCUCGUCUUUAGCUCCAACAGUCAUCGACCUUAAUAACGGAAGCUAUGAGGUUUUAUUUCUUAUGCUCGAGGAAGGUGAAUACGAAGCAAAAAUAUUCCUGGAUUACAGCCUCUGUCAUGGCUUCAAAGACCCACCUCCACAUUGGUUUAGGAAAGGUAACAAACGGAUACCAAUUGUUUUAUGCACAUUACCCUCUAUAAGAUCUUCGCUCUCGUGACCUUAAAGAGGCUCUGUCAGGCCAUUAGUUUGCGCACUGAGCUCUUUCACUUUAACAUAUAGGUGUUAGGUCGCAGAUUAGUCCCUAUUGUAACAGAUACGAAGCAGAACGCGUGGUGUUAAGCCGGAAUUGGUCUCUUACUGUUGUGUUUUGUUAUCAAACUGAAUUUCGUUGAUUCCAAACUAGGGAAGGGGGGAGGGUGAGAGUUUAUUGUCAAUCCUCUUACAACUGUGUUACAACCGUUACAAGUCUCUCCUGCUCUUUCAACAUUAAAGCUUACUCAUAUUUAAGGCAAAGGAAUAAAUUACAAUUUUCUGUUCCAUAGGGAUGUUUAUUAUGCAUGGGUUAGUGAUUUCAGCUGUUUAGAUCAAAUGAAGUCCCGAGUUGUUUGUGAAUGAAAAAAAAAUUUUCUUUGAAAAGAUCAUAUAAAAAAAGAACCUCCGGCCAGGAAAGAACGCGUCAAUCAAUGAGUAAACAGAUAGUAUCUGUGAUCGAAUUUGCAUCCAGAAGACGAAAACGGAGAACAAAAGGUUUGAAAAUAUGACAAAGAUAAGAAAAGGAACCAAGUUUUGAUGAGUUCAGCAAAUUCACGAAUUUGUGACUUGGAGAUGUAAGGUGUGAGGUAUUUACAGCUUAAAACAAACUGAGGUUCUCUCAUCCGAAGGUGAAAAUAAUACACCUGAAAAAACUCUGUGACAGCUACACAAAUACAGGGUAUAUCUUUCCUUGGCACAGUUUAAAUUGAAAGAAAGACUAAUUGUUCCCCGAACUACUGUUCGUCCAAAAGAUUAAGACAGUACAGUCUUACAUCUUAUUUACGAUCUUAUAGUGCAGGAAAGUUGCUUGAUCUUAUCAAGCCUUAUUUUAUUAUUAUCAUGAUUAAAUGUAUCUGUCACUGGAGUACGUCACCAAGUGAAAUGAGUAUUGAAUAAUUCAUACGCAACACCCUUUAAUUAAGCCCUAAAUUGUCCCAUAAAUUAUAUGAUGAAUAAACCUUAACUUAAGAGAUAUGUUGAUAAAUAGAGCCAAUAACCCUAAAUAACCUUACGCUUGAUAAAAGUUAUUUUUGGGACUUUUUAAAAAUUCUCCUACAGUUUGAUGCGUGGUGCAAUUUCCGCUUCGAUCGUAUUGUAUCAUCGAGUCACGUCUUGCAGUAUUUCUAAGAUUAUUGAGGCUACAGUGCUGAGAAACAUUUCUUAGGCCAAACUUUGGACCCCACCCGUCAGGAAUUCCUGAAUGCACCUCUGCGCAAUUCGGCUCGAAUACAAACGCCGUAAGUUGACCUUCUUCACCUCCAGUUCCGCGGUCCAGUUCUACAAUUGCGAUUUGUUUUUCUCCUGCACCGGAAGUCUAGUACGCCAUCUACUUUUUAAAUUUUUCUCUUUCAGGUAAUCCACAAGGUAAAAACCAACCCGACGGCAUCUUAAAGGGGGACAGGCCAUUCCUGAUCGCUCUAUUUCGGGGAAAAGAAAAAGUGACAUUUACUGUUCCUCCAUCGAAAAAAAACCAGGGUCACAGUGAGUAGAAAGAGAUAAGAGCUCUUCUCAUUUGAUGUUUGCCUAUUAUUUCAUUGUUCCGGAAGGGAUAAAAUCGAAUUGAUCAAGUUCUUUUAGGGAGUGUGUGUCAAUUAAUCCAUUAAUUGACACAUUAAAUCAAUCAAGUCGUCCAUCCUCUGCUUUCUCUAAUUUUGUGGCGUUACGUGGCCACAGGGAAUGUCUUACAAAUUCUGCGACGUGGGUAGGAGGAAAAAAAAAAUCUGCAGCGGUGUUUUUCGAUGUUGAAUCUCGCCUUCUAAUUAAAUCAACAGAGAGAAAACUAAUGAAGAAAAAUGAUUUUCAUUAUCAUUGUUUUAAGUAAUUCAACUAUUACCUCGAUCCAUAGUCGAAACUUUGGUGAAAAAAGUUUCCACAAAAGAUUCCAGCUUCCGUCAAUUUACAUGUGACUCGUCAUGUGGAACUUUCCUCUGGGAUGGUUUUGGUCGAUGGGUGAACGGCCGAUGGAAGCCUUACAUCAAAGGUACUUUAUAUUGAAACAUAAAACUAAAAAUAUUGAUAUUAUUACCUGUUUGCUCUUUUUCUUUCCUCCUUCUCAUUCUCUCUGACUGCAACAUCUGCGACAUCACGGAAGAAGUGGUGAGCUUAACUUGAUGGUUUCCGCGCCAAUUAACUGCUAUUCGGGGGGGGGGGGGGAUCAUAAGAUAUUACAGAGCCUUGUGGGAAUCAGGUAAAUUUUUUCGUGACACAACCUCCCCUCCCCUCCCCAGGCGAUGGCAGGUCCUUUGGUGGAUCUUUAGACGAGAGGUCUGGGUUCUAGCUCUGGUCGUGUCUUUAUGUUGUGUUCUUGGGAGAAUAUUGCUACUGAGACCACUGCAGGCUCUGACGAUGAACGCUACUUAUUCCGAAUGAUGGUUGUUUCUGUCAUCUUGUAUGUGAUAUUGAACUUAUGUUUUUUAUAAAACCUUUAGAUACCAUACACAAAGACAGACGCAAUAAAGAAGGAAUGUUCUUUUCGUUCGGAGACUCGAUCUCGAACGCUUUUAUGAGCUCACUAACGUCCGGUCCAUACAGUGGGCUUUGUAAAGUGGUCUUUGGAAGUUGCCAGAGUGUCUAUCACUGGGUGUAUGAUAUGCAGGGGUACUGGGGCGAUGGCGUGAAAUCACCAAGGGAACCGGUACCAGAUGAACGGGAUUACGACCACGAGCGAGUUAUAAGUGACGUCAAAAAAGUAAGCCCCACCCCAGGCACUGUGACAGGAAAUCGUGAUCAAGUUUGUUGUUUGCGCAUUUCCGUUGAUUGUAUUCAGAAAUAAACCAAAAGAAUCACAACAGCCAAUAGGAACUCAAAUUAAAACAAUUAAAUUGCUUGUAGCGCGAUAAAACUUGAGUAUCCUCCGCGAUUGGUUUUAGCCUUGGAUCUGAUCUGACUGGUUGAGAUAGUGGCGCAAGGCAUUUUGGCCUAUUAUUGGCAAAAAGAAGUAAAGCGAAACCACUCAAUUGAAAAUUUCUUUACUUUACAUUCUACAUUGAAUAGCUCAUACUCUUCGUGCAAUUAAGAGCUGUUUGAAUGAUUUCCAAUUUUGACUUAAAUGUUUUGGUAGGGAACAUCAUUUUACUACGAAACUCCUCGUAUUUGCGUAUUUAUUCGUACAAGUUGUUGCUACAUACUCGGCUCAUAAAUCACAAUUCUUUCAAAUGUACUAUCAUUUCACUUUUCCCUUUUAGACGCUUUAUAAUCCAGCUAUGACUGAAAAGAGUGUUCUUUUGAUGAACAUGGGCAUACAUUUUGCUGCUGCAGUGAACUUCACAAAUUACAGACGACUUAUCGAUGAUCUAAUAAGACUUGUUACUGAAGGCAAAGGACAGCCAAAGCUUCACAAUGAAAGUACAACAAGCAUUUUUAAGGGCAGAUUUAUAUGGAAGACCUCUACUGCUCUGAACAGAGAGCGUUUUCCGAAUCCUCACAAAGACGUUCGUCGAUUUUUAACUUUCCAGCGCGUGUUACUCUACAAUGCGUAUGCCACUUCUGCUAUGUGCCGCGCUGGUAUUGACGUCAUCGACGUUUAUCCAAUCAGCGAUUCGUAUCCAGCUGGCACUAUUUCACUGACGGACCCAGUUCACUAUGGUGGUCACGUGUUUAGGGACGUGGAAGCAUUAUUAUAUAAGGUGUUCAGUCCGCAGGAUUCUUAG